GAAGCAGGUAGACUGUUUGUUGUCGCGCGCGCAGUUUGCAGCCAACAGGAUUCGCGGUGUUUUCAGUGAAACUCACCUGUAAGUUGAGCUGAAGAGCGAAUCACAAGUGGGCCGUCUGGACGGAGGAAGGAAGCUUCUUGCAGGAAAAAGCAAUGAAAGGUCUAUAAUUAUCUCCAAGUGUCUUUUGCUUCUUCUACGGAUCCCUCUGCGACGGUCGGCCUGAAGGAGAAGCGACUCCGCGGCUUGUCUGAGAACAUGGAGAAAUGGUGUUGAACACGUUAUCGUUGCGUAUUUUGAACUCUAGCACUGUAUAUGAAUUUAUGCACGCUUCAGCUCACAAAUUGAGCUGUUUGAGUUAGAUUAGUGGAAUCGAUACUUCUGCGUUUGGGACUGCGUGGAGCCAUCUGCACUCUUCCUGUGGAAUAUUUAGCUCUGGAGCAGUGAUGGAGGACAUCGACCUCGAGCAGCAGGAGCCGCUCCCGGUGGACCGAGAUGGGCGACUGUUCACGAAUGCAGCCGACCAGCCCGACGGUGCCAAAAGGAUGGGCUGCUGCGAGAAGUUCCAGCGGACUGUCUCCAGAUGGAUGCUUCCAAAAGACCACCAGAACAAGUACCUGGAACGGGCCAACUGCUGCCCGCCCCCCGUCUUCAUCAUCCUUAUCAGUAUUGCAGAGCUGUCAGUGUUCAUCUACUACGCCGUGUGGAAGCCUCAGAAGCAGUGGGUGACCCUGGAUGAAGGCAUCUGGAAAAGCCCCCUGACAUACAAGCCUGAGAAGCGGCAGGAAGCAUGGCGCUUUGUCUCCUACAUGUUUGUUCACGCCGGUAUCGAGCACAUCGUGGGAAACCUGGUGAUGCAGCUGCUGCUGGGCAUCCCGCUGGAACUGGUCCACAAAGGAUUUGAAGUGGGGAUGGUUUACAUGGCAGGCGUCCUUGCAGGCUCGUUGGCCAGCUCCAUCUUUGAUCCCCUCAGUGCUUUGGUGGGAGCUUCUGGGGGUGUUUAUGCUCUCAUAGGAGGCUACUUUAUGAACGCAGUGGUGAAUUUCCGAGAGAUGAUUCCUCUUCUUGGAAUAUUUCGUAUCCUUGCCAUAGUGAUAUUUGUCGGCACAGAUUUUGGAUUUGCCUUCUACAGAAGAUUCGUCACAGACGAGGCUGAUAUGAAGGUGUCUUUUGUGGCCCAUUUUGGAGGAAUCGCGGCCGGGAUGACCAUCGGCUACGUCUUCUUCAGCGACUACAAUAAGAAGCUAAUCAAAGACCCCCGGUUCUGGCUGUGUAUAGUUGGAUAUGUCUUGUUCUUGGUCUUUGCUGUGUGCUUUAACGUCUUCCUGAGCCCAGCAGCAUAGGACCAUAAAGCUGCACUCACCUUUUGUUUUGAAAAGGUAACACUAAACAUCUUCAUGUCACUCUCUCAGGAAGCUGUAUUUUACUGAUGUGCUGAAGCGUUUCAGUGAAAAGUUGCUUUUCAGUGACUUUUGUAAAAAUGCACAGGGUAUUUUUUUACUAUCUGAUUGUCUUCUUUUUAGAGCUGAAUUAGUGAGUUUGAGGGGGAAGAGUGCCUCCUGCUGUUCAUGUGUAACAUUGCAGAAGGCAUGUUUUAUAUCUUCAGACAACGUGGAGCAAAACGUGCAUUAAAUGAGCGAUUCAUUUAGAAGGGAAUUAAAUGUUAUCUGUACAUUUUAAUAUGUUUUUCAUAUUUUAGAGUUUUUAGACCUCUUUGGCCUUUUUGGUUAUCAGGAAAUAAAUGAACACACUGGUCCCAUUUCAUGUCAUUUUUCUUUAAUAGAAAUAAAUGUUCAAACUGUUCAAUUGAAUUUAUUUUAUGCAUAUUUUCUGUUGAAUCAUCAAGGACUCUUAUGGGAGUGUCUUAAAUGUGGUGAAAUAUUCACCUUGUGAAACAAGAAAGAGAUGAAAGAGUUUAUAAGGAAGUCUCAGGCCAUGGCUUAAUGCCACGUUAUUGUUUCAGCCACAUCCUGUUGACAAGACGGGACUAAUUACGUCAUUUUGUAAAACUUGAUUCAUUUUCCCGUCAUGCUGAUUGUUUUUCAACCUUGGAAGUACUUAACUUUGGCGUUUGUUUUACUGUAUUCUACUGUACAAUACCACAAAUUUACUGUAGUUUAGUGUUGGUAUGCUUUCUGUUUAUUAAGUCUAUAAAUGAAAACUUUAAUAUUACUGGUCUGAGGAGGGCAUCGUGUGCAGUUUGUAAUUCAGAAAUAGAACUCAUGUUAGAAAAUGUACUUCAUUUAUUUAAAACCACAGGUGAACUAUGACCAGCGACCAAUCAGAAACCUCCUACACUUGGUUAUGCAUUUCCACAGGUCAAUGUCCUUUUAAAUAAAAAUGUUUUUUAAAUAUA